ACUUUUUUGGAGAGAGGGGAUUCGUCUAUGGAGCUCCAGAGGGUGGAAUCGGCUUACGAGUCUCAAAAAAGGUUGCACGGUUAUCUGAAGGACGUGCAUGCUCGGUCUCUGUGGGGUAAAUUUUAUCCCUUUUCUGUUAUGGCUGAUGAGCUUUGCUGCUUUCCUGAUGAUAUGAAGAUGAUUGAUGAGGUCGGACAUGUUGGGACAAGCCAUUUCCUGCAGGUGAUUGGUGCGUGUAUUGUGGCUGUCGAAAGGGCCCAAGAACUUGCUUUGGAGAGGGAGCGCAAGGUUUCCUUGGAUAUUGCUGAGUUAUGCUCGGCCGUUCAAGAGAAAGAAAAAACCAUUGCUGAGUUGUCCUAUUCUCUGAGUUUGAAGGAGGCCGAGUUUGUUGAGGAGAGAAGUCUUCAACUUGCUUCUGCUGAACAAGUUAAGACUGUUAAAGGUGAGAAUAAUCAUUUAGAGUCAAGGAUUAAAGAGCUGGAGCAUGAGGUUUACGAGGCCUUUGCACAAGGCUUCGAUCGAGCCGUGUCUCAGGUGAAGGUGUUAUUCCCUGAGUCCGAUGUUACAAAGCUGGAUGCAACUAAGGUGGUCGUCAAUGACCAGCUUAUGGAUGAUGAGGCUGCUGAUGGAGAUGAUAGCAAGGAGUCCAGCAUUGGUGACAAGGCAGAUUAGGCCUUUUUUAUUUAUGUUUCGUUUUGUAAACUUAUGUAUGGCUCUUUGGCCUUGGACAUGUGUUUAGCUUUGUGUUGCCUUUUGGAUAUUUCCGAGUAUUAUUCUCGGCUUAUGUUUGUUGGUUUCCGAGUAUGAAGCUCGGUUUGACUGUUAGCACUUUGAUUAUAAGAUAUGUUAGUUAUCAGGAUUAUGAUAACACUAAUGGUUUGUUUGCAAUAGUAAUGACGUUUGUACAAUGAUUUGUGGCGUCCGGCCUCGUUAAAACCCUCUUCGAGUAAAACCCAUGUGGUUUGGGAAAAAACCUUCGAAGGGGAAAAAGAGUACCCUCAUCCGCGGAUUUACAAUAUGUAUUAUGAUUGAUAUUCCCUUAGUGAGGAGACAUUCCAUGUUCCUGGAAGUUGAUCUCCUCUUAGGGUUUCUAGCUUAUAAGCCCCCUUGCCGAGGUUCUUAAAUACUCGGAGCGGUCCCUCCCAAUUUGUUGCUAAUUUUCCAUGUGAUGGGGGCUUCCGUGCUUCUUCUGUCCUUCUAAGUACGAGAUCUCCCUCAUUGAAGGAUCUGUGUGCCACUCUUUUGCUGUGUCUUCGCUCUAUGAACUUUUUCAUAGCUCGUUGCCUUAUGGCUGAAAUGUCUCUUUCUUCUUCCACGAGGUCUAGCUUGGUUGUUCGGGCCUGCAAGUUGUUUUGUUGAUUGUAAAACUCGGUCCUUAUCGUUGGAAUGCUGACCUCCACUGGGAUUAGUGCCUCUGCACCAUAUACCAGCUUGAAGGGAGUUUCUCCUAUAGCAGAUUGUACUGUAGUAUUGUAACUCCACAAGAUUUUUGGAAUGAGGUCGGCCCACUCGCCCUUGGCCUCACCGAGCUUUUUCUUUAAACCCUGCAAGAUAAUUCUAUUAGCUGAUUCAACUUGCCCGUUGGUUUGUGGGUGCUCAACUGAGCUGAAAUGAUGUGUAAUUUUGAAAUUUGUUAGGAAAGAAGCGAGUUUAUGGUCUAUUAAUUGUCUCCCAUUAUCCGAGAUUAUCUCUCUCAGGAUGCCAUACCUACAUAUGAUAUUUUUCCAUAGGAAAGAGCUCACCUUUUCUGCCGUUAUGUGUGCUAGUGGUUGUGCUUCUACCCACUUGGAGAAAUAGUCUAUUGAUACUAAAAGGAACUUUAUCUGGCCUGGCGCUUUCGGGAAAGGUUCGAGGAUGUCCAGUCCCCACCUAUCGAAAGGCCAGCUUACCUCUAUGGUGUGUAGCUUUUUGGCUGGGAUUCCUGAAACGGUGGCGUGCUUUUGACAAUUGUCGCAUGCCUUGACUUUUGAGAUACAGUCUCUUUUGAUCGUUGGCCAGUAGUACCCUGUUCGUAAUAUUUUGGCGGCCAGUGCUCGGCCCCCGAUGUGGUUUCCGCAGACCCCUUCGUGUGUUUCUGCCAUAACUUCUUCGGCCUCAUCCUUGCUGAUGCAUUUGAGGAGUGGUUGGGAGUGUCCUCGUCUGUACAGGGUGUUUCCUACCACUAUGUAGAAGCUUGCUCUUCUUCGAAAGAGCGGCAAGUUUGGUUCCUCGUUUAGUAUGGCACCUGUGUUGAUGUAAUCGAGAAAAGGUGUUCUCCAAUCUUGUACCUGCAUGAUGCUUAAAAUUGUAUCCUGCUCGAAACUCGACUUAUCGAGUGUUAGUUGAGACAGCGCCGGUGUGUUUUCCGUUUGCCUUAUUGUGGCUAAUUUGGAUAACACAUCGGCUCUGGUGUUUUAUUCUCGGCUUACAUGAAUAAUAUCAAAUUUACUGAAUUUUGAGAUGAGAUCCUUUGUUAUGGGCCAAUAUUUCUCUAACAAAGGAUCUUUUACCUGGUACUCGCCUUUAAUUUGAUGCACUACUAGUGAAGAGUCACAGUAAACCGUUAUCCGAGGUAUCUUUAGUUGCUGGGUGAGUUUCAGUCCUGCUAGCGGAGCCUCAUAUUCUGCCUGGUUGUUACUUGCGUUGAAGCGGAACUGUAGUGAUUGCUCGGCUAUCACUUUGUCUCCUUCCUUUAGCAGUAUCCCUGCUCCGCUGCCUUCUCUGUUUGAAGCUCCAUCUACAUGUAUACUCCAACUGGCUUCUGUAGGUUGUGUUUCAUUAGUCAUCUCUGAUACAAAGUCGGCAAGUACUUGUGAUUUCAGAGUUUUCCUUGAUUCGUACUGAAUGUCGAACUCAGAGAGUUCGACGGACCAUUUGAUUAAUCGUCCCGCGAGCUCGGGUCUGGUUAAUAUCUGCCUUAGGGGUUGGUCUGUUCGUACUAUUAUUGUGUGACUCUGGAAGUACUGUCGUAAUCUCCUUGCCGUGGUGAUCAGUGCCAACGCCAGCUGUUCUAUUUUCGGGUACCUUGUUUCUGUUGGUUGUAAUACCCUACUAAUGAAGUAUACUGGGUUUGGCUUUUUCCUAUUUAAAUCACUAGGACCAAGCUUAUAGCAUGGUUAGAUACUGAUAAAUAUAAAUACAAUGGUUUACCUGUUUCUGGUCUCUGGAGUAUUGGGGGUGAUGUUAAGAGCUGUUUGAGCUCCAUAAAAGAAUUUUCGCAUUCCUCUGUCCAGGUGAAUUUCUUACUCUUAGAGAAUGUUUGAAAGAAAUGAUAAGAUCGGUUUGCCACCGCAGGUAGGAAGCGUGACAGGGCAGCUACUCUCCCUGCUAGUUGUUGGACUUCUUUAAUUGUCUUCAGGCUUGCCAUGUUCAGUAUUGCAUUACAUUUUUCUGGGUUUGCUUCUAUCCCUCGUGAGGUUAGCAUGAAGCCGAGGAAUUUUCCCCCUUGAACUCCAAAGGCACAUUUGUCCGGGUUAAGCCUCAUGUUGUAUGCUCGGACUUGGUUGAAGACUUCUAACAGGUCGUCACAAUGUGAACCUUGUGCAGGCAUUUUUGCUACCAUAUUAUCUACAUAAAUUUUCAUAUUCCGACCUAUUUGCUGUCGAAAUACUUUGUCCAUUAGUCUUUGAUAUGUCGCCCCUGCAUUUUUUAAACCGAAAGGCAUUACCUUGUAACAAAAAUUUCCAUGUUCUGUUAUAAAAGCUGUUUUGCUUUGGUCCUCUGGGUGCAUUAGAAUCUGGUUGUAACCAGAGUAUGCAUCCAUAAAACUUAAGCUUUUGAAACCGGAAGCAUUAUCAACUAAUUUAUCAAUGCAAGGUAAUGGGUAAGCGUCUUUAGGGCAAGCUUUAUUUAAAUUUGUAAAGUCGACGCACAUGCGCCAUUUACCUGAGUUUUUCCUUACCAUUACCACAUUUGAGAGCCAUGUGGUGAAGCGGAUCUCUCUGAUGAAACCUGCGUUGAGGAGUUUCUUGGUUUCUUCUAGUGCUGCUUGUUUUUUCUCUUUUCCGAGGUUUCUUUUCUUUUGUGUCACUAGUCGGACUGCUUUGUCAAUUGCUGACUUGUGGCAAAUGACUUCUAGACUUAUUCCAGGCAUGUCGUCUGGCGUCCAUGCAAAUAGAUCAGCGUUCUGACAUAGUAUUUCUAUGAGUUUUGUUCGUUCUUCCCCCUCUAGUGCUUCUCCGAUGUGUGUGUACUGCUUUUCAUCCGCUGUUAGUGUUACUCGGUGGAGGUUGUCCAUUGGCUAGGGUCUUUCGCUGAGAUCCUCUCUUGGGUCGAGCUUGGCUAACGUUAGGAUCUUGGCAGUAUUGUGUAUUGCUUUGACUUGUUGCCGAGCUGUCUGUUUUGUUUGGUUUUGCUUUAGACUGGCAUUGUAGCACUGCCGAGCUUCUUGGUGAUCGGCGUAUACUGUUGCUAUCCUGUUUUCCUGCACCAAAAACUUGACACACAGGUGUAAAGUGGACACUACUGCCCUGAAUAUAUUCAAGACGGGUCUUUCGAUGAUAAUAUUAUAAGGGCUAUAACAGUCUACUAUUAAAUAUUGGAUAUCAAUGGAUUUUGACAUAGGGACCUCUCCCAUCGUUGUCUUCAGCCAUAUGUAUCCCAUGAUGGGGACCCUUUCUCCAGAGAACCCAAUCAGCUCUCCAGAGGAAGGGUGCAUUAUUUUUUCUGAUAACUUCAUCUUUUUAAAAGUAGAAUAAAAUAAAACAUCAGCGCUACUACCUGGAUCCAGUAGUGUUUUUCUUACCAACAGUUAUCCAACUUGGAUGGAGAUUACUACUGGGUCAUCGAGGUUAGGGCUUGCCGACUUACAGUCUGAUUGAUUGAAUGAUAUCGUGACGUCUGGGUGCUCUUCUUUCUUCGAAUGCAGUGUUCCUUCGAUUACUAACAUUGCUCUGUAGCUUCAUUUUCUGGCCGAGAUUGUUCGACCUCCACCUGCAUAGCCUCCUGAUAUGUGGUUGAUGAUUCCUCUUGGUGGGUUGGGUGUUGUCUGUUUCCUUUUGUCCUUAUUCGUUGGCGUUCGUUGGUGUUUAUCCGUAUCCGAGCUGGUUGCUCUGGCUUUACGUCCUUCAACAUAUUUGGGUUUAUCACACACGAAUCGGAUUGGAUCAGAUAUAGGCUAAAAUUCUAUCCGAUCCGCACUACUCCCAUGGGAUCGGAUCAUAUAUGGUAUCCGUGAUUUUUUUAGGUCGGAUCAGAUCGGAUAUCGGGUAUAUUUGCAUAAUUCAAAAAUUUGUUUACAAUUGAAUAAACCAUUAUAAUUUCCAAACAAGUAAACCAUAUAAACCCUCAGUGCCAUAUAUGUUUACAAUUGAAUAAACCAUUCAAAUUUACAGAGUUUAUUACACAAUAAUAGUAUAACACAAUGAUUCAAGUACUUUAAUCUAUAAGCAUUUGUAUACAAAUAAUAUUUAAUCAUAAAAUUAAAAUUAAAUUACCUAUAAUACCAGAUGAGUUGAAGAGCAAAGACGAUGGAGUCGAAGAAGGCCUGGUCUGACAGAUUGAUGAAGCCGCUUGGAGAGACAACCACCGCCGAUGGAAGAGAAGACUAAGCCGCCAGAGGAGAUGACCUCACCGCUAGAGGAGGUGACCGCACCACUGGAGGAGACCACUGACCGCGAGUGCUGCACCAAUGAAGAACGCGACCUAUGGAGAACGCGUAUGGAGAACGCGACCGCCGUCCACCGCGUUGAUGGAGGAGGCGACGACCGUGCAAUUGGAGCUUGGAGGAAAUGACGAACUUAGGAGAUGGUGAUGGACAGUGAACGCCGAUGAUGGAUAGCGAACGCCGGUGACGGAGCAAAGUAGAGCCGGUCAGAGAGGAGAGGGAGAGCCAGAGUCUGGGAGGAGAGUCCAGAGACAGAGAACGAGAGAGGAGCGCCGUAACAUUAGGGAUUUAGAGUUAGGUCACAUUACAUUAGGGCUUAUUUGAAACUGGGCUAUUUAUACGAUGUGCGAAUAUGCUGAUCUGCGAAUCGGAUCCGCAAGUAUCACUGCCAAAUCCGCUAUCCGAUCCUACCAUAGUACGGAUCGGAUAAUAUCCGCAAAAUUCGGAUCGGAUGCGGAUAAUUACCACGGAUAUGCGGAUAUUUUCCGAUCUAUGUGCAGCCCUAGGUUUACAUUGAGCAAAGCUUUAGGUUGCAGCACAUUAUAUGUAGCACAUGUAUGACAAACAAGUGAGGGGGGAAGGGAGUGCAUCUGACCAAUAUUACUUGGAUAAAUUGAAUAUAUUUUUUAUAUGGAUGUAGAACAUUAUUGCUUAAAAUAUUGUCAGGUUCGAGUUUUCAUGUUCUAAUUUGAGAAGUUUCUUAUUGCUAAACAGUUUUGGAUUUUGAAAUCUGAAGACGAAACCGUUUUAAAAUGAGAAUAAAAAAAAGUAAUACUCUGAUUUGAGAAAUUUCUAAUUGUUAAACGAUUUUAGAUUUUAAAUUUGAAUAUGAAGAUGAAACAGUUUUGGAAUGAGAGCUGAAGAAAGUAUUUCAGAAUGAGAGCGGAAAAACAUUGAAAACGUGCGUAAUUUGAAUUAGUAUCGGUAGUGUGUGUUAUCACGGUAAACUUCUUACCUUAUCAUGACUUAUUAAUUGUUGUAUAUUAUAAAUAGAAUCCCGUUAAAAAGCCAAUGGAGUAUUUGUACAA